GGCAACUUAACCCCCCAAACAUCCUUCUGCGGAGAAGCUGUAGACGAAAAGUACCUAAGUACCUUAGUAUCUCUCGCCUCCUCACUGGCUCCUCACUGGAUAAGUUCUUCAAUCUGAGGUCACUUGGAAGUCGCAAAUGCCGGAAUUAUGCAGCAAGCACAUGCCACACAAAAUCGCAAUCGCACACCAUCACGACCAGGAAAUUAACAGAUAGCAGGGCAUGUGCUACCAGAGGGAAGAAAAUCUAAACCAACAUAAGACAUUAUCGGCUAACCUGAUGUCGUACAACUAAACUAUUGAGGUUACCUGAAAGUUACAACAAUUUGAAAUCUGGAAUAACUUCGAUGUGACACUCGACAUUACUUGGGUCAAAAUCAAUUAAUACAUACCAGGUACAACUCCCUUUUAUUCACCUACUCUCCGGUCGAUCAACCACUAAAACCUCACAUCCUUACCAUAAACAUACAUAUGUAUGUACAUAUCCACGAGGAUACCUACCUUUAUUAGCAGCUGACCCCUGCAUGUCUGCAUGUGGCCUGCUGGCCUUACACUAUCGAAAUAGGACAUCUAGAACAUCGAUCUCACCGUGGACUGAUUUAAAUAUUUUAUGUCAGCUUGUGUGGUUUUGAUCGACCUACUCAUAUACCGGUUUUUAUAAGUCCUGCAGAUAACACAUGGUUUGAGGCCACCCAUCCUCAUAUUUUCACUAUGGGCUUUGAAGCUGAAGAGUAUACCGAUGGAUCUCCGAGUCCGAUUGAAGAUUUAUCCGGAGCGAAAUGGACACCUCUUUUCCGGAAAAGUUGUGGAUUUGGUUCAGAGAUAUUCUUCAAGGUCAUGAUGAACCUGAUUCGAAAUCCGAAUAUCAAUUCCGGCUGGUUAUUCCGGGCCGACAUCUUAUAUGAGCAAGACUCUAAUCAUAACAUGACAUCCGAUGUCUCUUCCACGGUCACACGACCAACCAUCAUCCAUUUCAGGGAAUUGACUUUGGAUAAAACGUUAGUACGGAGGCUUAUUCCCAGGAACACCUUGAGAGAUCAGCCUUUGGACCAAACAUGUCUACUAUAUCGCGGGAGUGGUCCGAGCAAUGUAGAGAGAUCUAUGGUUAUUUACAAACCUCAUAUAUCCUCUCCAGAUGAUAUGCCAUUUUACCACCCCAAGGUGCAAGGUAUAGCAUUUCUUCAUGAAUGGAAUCCUGAGAGUAGCGAAGGCUCCGUCUCCAUCCAUUACCAUUUCUUUGAAAAUGAAGAUCGUUCACCAAAGUUGGUGAAAACGGGUCUCAACCUUUUGGCCGUGCUCCACAAGCAUGGAGAAGGUACCAAAGCAGGAUAUGUCAAACGAGUCCACCACGAUGCUAUUGUCCCCCAGAUACCUCUUCAGAAUACAUAUGCUCGAUUGAAAGAGAAGUAUGCCCGGCGACUUAUCGAAGAAUGGGCCGAGGUGACGGAUCCUUCAAAACAUGUUUUUGAAGAUCUCAGUAUUGCGGCAUUUCUCAUCGAGCUAUGGGCUCAGAUGUAUCGGGAUUCUUUAUUCCCUGGAUUCGUCGAUAUUGGCAGCGGAAAUGGCCUUUUAGUAUAUAUCCUUCGAGAAGAGGGUUACACGGGAUGGGGGUUUGAUGCGCGAAAACGCAAAUCUUGGGAUAAUUAUUCCAAAACGACGGGCGAGGGGUCUAAUCUUGAAUACAGCCUCCAACAACUUGUCUUGCUUCCCUCAGUUAUUGACCCUCGUUCAAAUACGGAAGUUUCAAAUAACGAGACUACUAACGACACAGAUAAUGCUAGUAUGAUCCACGAUGGUUUAUUUCCCAAAGGAACAUUUAUCAUAUCUAACCAUGCUGAUGAGUUAACACCUUGGACACCGAUACUUGCCACCAUAUCAGAUUGUCCAUUCAUCAUGAUACCAUGUUGCAGUCAUGAUCUUACUGGGGCAAGAUUUAGAGCUCCGGCACCAAAAGCCCAGGGCAAAUCACCAUCGGCGUACUCGUCACUUGUCGAAUGGAUUAAAAAGAUCGCAGAAGACUGUGGUUGGAAGACAGAAACUGAAAUGUUGAGGAUACCAAGUACGAGGAAUGUUGGUUUGAUUGGCAGGAAAAGAAGCUGUCCAUGCUCAACUGUGGAUAUACAAGAUAUCCUGACUAAAUAUGGUGGCACCGAGGGUUUUGCAGACAAUGUAAUGAAGCUUACGAAGGUUGCCCCAAGAGGUCACUAAGAACCUAAUAAAAUCAGAAGAAAGAAAGAAAAUCAAUUUAAUGAUGCUGUCCUUAGGUAGUGACUCGAUGUCUUCGUCAAGGUGAGGAUAGUGGGGUAAUGUAUAGGAGAUGAUGUACGUACCCGACAUGUGGCUUGAUAAGUGGGUACCGUGUCUUUUUAGCGUAGAUCAUGUGACUUAGCUUAAGCAGUUGCAACGUCGCUCUUUCAAAGGCG